AUGGCUUUCAAAUUCGUAGCUUUCUGUACCCUCUUGGCUAUGGCCAAUGCUGGUUAUGCUCCCCUGGUUACCAAAGUUGUUAAUCCUUCUGUGGAUGCUGUGGCUUCGACAAAUGAAAAUGUUGUGCGCUCUUUUGCCGGUACCGUUUCUCAUUAUUCCAAGUCGGUGAAUACCCCCUACUCCAGCGUUAACAAAGUGGAUACCCGCAUCAAUAAUAAUGUCUACACACCUGCUGUUGCUAAGACCGUAUCAUAUGCUGCUCCUGCUGUUACAAAAACUGUUUAUUCUCAUGAAGCUCCUGCUGUCUAUGCUCACGCUGCUCCAGCUGUCUAUGCUCAUAGCGCUCCCGUUGUUGCCAAGACCGUGUACUCUCAGCCCGCUCCAGCUGUAUAUACCCAUGCCACUCCCGCUGUUACCAAAACUGUUUACUCCCAAGCCGCUCCAGCUGUAUAUGCCCAUGCUGCCCCAGCCGUUUACCAUCACGAAGCUCCUGCCGUCUAUGCCCAUGCCGCUCCUGCUGUAGCUAAAACUGUAACUUAUGCUGCUCCCGCUGUUUCUACCACAUCCUACAAUCAUGGCCCAUCUGCCACCACCUACACUCACAAUGCUCCCGGUGUAAGCAGCUAUGGUACCAGCCAAACGGUCCACUAUUCUCCAGCUGAAGCUGUCUCUCACAUGAGCUUCGAUGGUUUCGGUACUCAUUGGGGCUUCUAA